AUGAGGGGACGAACAUUAAGAGGAGAGAAGAGAACACAGAACUACAGGUUUAAAAGGGCGGGGCCGGCGUCUCGGGGCGGCCGCGCCGAGGGGGCGGACGUGACUCGCAUGCGAGCGGGGCCUGGGCGCGCGGCGCUCGCGAGGAGGCGGCGGCGGCCGCCCGAGCUCUCGCCGCUGCCACUGCCGCUACCACCGGCUCUCCUCCUCCGCCCGGGCCUCCUCCCGCUCCGCCCCGGCCUCCUCCCGCUCCGCCCCGGCCUGCGCCGCCGCCCUGGGGCCCUCAGCCCCGGCUCCCAGGGAGUUAGCCCCCCGCACUGGGCGUACAGCACAAAGGCCGGCGGCACCUGGGGCCCUAUAGCGGGGCGCGCAGUGGAGACCUGGGCUGCCCUCACGCCCGCCGUGCAGUGGCGCGGGGGUAGUGGUGCGCCCGGACGAGCGCGGAGUAGGGGCCAGGGCUGCCGAGCGCGGGGAAGGGUGCAGCCCUCGGGGACCCCGGGGACCUCGGCGGGUCUCCACCCCUGGGAGAAGACGCAGAGCAAGCGCGAAGGUUGGGGGCGAGAUAAGAUGAAGAACGAAGCCCAUAUGAAUCAUAAGAGACAGUUUAAUCAGUGCAUGACCAAAAUCAAACAGAGUAAACUGUGUCAUCAUGGAGGUCUGCCCAGGAAAUCCCCAAAAUACAGAAGGAUCAGAAGUAGAUGGAAAUACCGUCAUAGAACAUCUCUCACAAGUGUGUUAUAAGAAUGACAGGGAAGCUACAGGUUACAACAGAUUUGUGAACUCAGCCAAGGACAGUGGUGGCAGGGCCUAGCCGCUACAAAGAAGACAUGUUUUAGACAAAUACUCGUGUAUGGGCAAAAAACUCGAGGACUGUAUUUGUGACUAAUUAUGUAACAGAGUAUUUUAGUGUCUGUUCUGUGGAAAGUGUAAAGCAUUCCAACAAAGGGUUUUAAUGUAGAUUUUUUUUUUUUGCACCCAUGCUGUUGAUUGCUAAAUGUAAUAGUCUGAUCGUGAUGCUAAAUAAAUGUCUUUUU